AUGUCAUACGACGAUAUAGAAAACGCUGUCCCAGAUAUCGUCAUUGGGAGCACCAUAGAAGAACCAGAAGAAGUAGAAGAAUAUCAAGGUGAAAGUGAUCUUGAAUUACAUGAACAAGACUACGAGGAAGCAUCCCAUGAAGAAGAACAAACAACCAAAGGCAAAAAGACCGUUGCAUUUGCUGGCUUAGAUGAAGACGAAGAAAACGCAGAAGAAAUAGCCAGAAGAGAAUUUGAAGAAGGUGGUGGUUUGCCAGAACAACCAGAAAACCCGGACUUUAGUCAAAUGACUCCAUUGUCUCCAGAAAUUAUUAACAGACAAGCUACUAUUAAUAUUGGUACCAUUGGUCAUGUCGCCCACGGUAAGUCAACUGUGGUUAGAGCCAUCUCUGGUGUCCAAACUGUUCGUUUCAAGGAUGAAUUGGAAAGAAAUAUUACCAUCAAGUUAGGUUAUGCCAACGCCAAGAUCUACAAGUGUGACAAUCCAGAGUGUCCUGAACCAGACUGUUACAGAUCUUUCAAAUCAGACAAAGAAAUCAGACCUAAAUGUCAACGUCCAGGCUGUACUGGUCGUUACCAAUUGUUGAGACACGUUUCUUUUGUUGAUUGUCCAGGGCACGAUAUUUUGAUGAGUACUAUGUUGUCUGGUGCCGCCGUUAUGGACGCCGCCUUAUUAUUGAUUGCUGGUAACGAAAGUUGUCCACAACCACAAACUUCAGAACAUUUAGCUGCUAUUGAAAUUAUGAAAUUGAAACAUGUCAUUAUUUUGCAAAACAAGGUCGAUUUGAUGAGAGAAGAAUCUGCCUUGGAACAUGAGAAAUCCAUUCUUCAAUUCAUCAGAGGUACUAUUGCAGACAAUGCUCCUAUUGUCCCAAUUUCUGCCCAAUUGAAAUACAACAUCGAUGCCGUUAACCAAUUUAUUGUCAAUUAUAUCCCAGUUCCAUUGAGAGACUUUUCCGCUUCCCCAAGAUUGAUUGUCAUCAGAUCUUUUGAUGUCAACAAGCCAGGUUCCGAUGUCGAAGACUUGAAAGGGGGUGUCGCCGGUGGUUCUAUCUUGAAUGGUGUCUUCAGAAUCGGUGACGAAAUUGAAAUAAGACCAGGUAUUGUCACUAAGGAUGACCAAGGUAAGAUCCAAUGUAAACCAAUUUUCUCCAAUGUCGUAUCCUUAUUUGCUGAACACAAUGACUUGAAAUUCGCAGUUCCAGGUGGUUUAAUUGGUGUGGGUACAAAAGUUGACCCAACUUUGUGUAGGGCUGAUAGAUUGGUUGGUCAAGUUGUUGGUGCCAAAGGAAAUUUGCCAUCUAUUUACACUGAUAUUGAAAUAAACUAUUUCCUUUUGAGACGAUUAUUAGGGGUUAAAACCGAAGGACAAAAACAAGGUGCCAAGGUUCGUAAGUUGGAACAAUCUGAAGUUUUGAUGGUUAACAUUGGUUCCACUGCUACUGGUGCUAGAGUUGUUGCCGUCAAGGCAGAUAUGGCUCGUUUACAAUUGACUACUCCUGCCUGUACAGAGAUUAACGAAAAGAUUGCAUUGUCUAGACGUAUCGAUAAACAUUGGCGUUUGAUUGGUUGGGCUACUAUUAAGAAAGGUACAGCAUUAGAACCUGUUGCCUAA